AUGGCCCUCAUUGCCAUUGUAGCCCUUCUAGUUAUCCUUUACCUCACCAUCCUCAUCAUCUACAACCUCUACCUCCAUCCUCUCUCCAUCUACCCCGGCCCUCUGCACUGGCGUGCUUUUCGCUUCCCUUUCAUCCACGCCAAUAUCAGUGGCCACCUGCCCCAUCGCAUCCGGGAUCUUCAUAUCCAAUACGGUGACAUCGUCCGCGUCGCCCCCGACGAAAUAUCUUUCCUCGACCCCCGAGCCUGGCGCGACAUCUACACAGACCGCGAAUUUGUCCGUCCCCACCAAUACAAGGACCAACCUCCCGGCAAGACUGCCGCGAACUUGAUAGCAUGCUCGGAGGAAGAGCAUGCCCGUCUUCGCAAGAACCUCGCACCGGGGUUCUCCGAGAAAUUUACCGCCUUGCAGGAGCCGAUUGUUCAGAAGUAUAUUGACACGCUAUUCGACAAGCUCGAUGCGAAGAUUUCUACUAGGGAAGGCGAAAAGAAAAGUGCUGACGUGGACCUGGUAGAAUGGAUCAAUUACCUCGCUUUAUCAAGUCCUAUUCAAUAUAAGUAG